GACAUUUCUCAAGAUAUCUUCUUUUGUCUUCCACAAGAAGAGUCAUACAGGUUUUGAAUGAAAUGAGGGUAAAUAAAUGAUCGCUUUCUUCAGUGAGCUAUACCUGUAAUCUAAAGUAGAGGGUAAAUGAUUACCAUUGGAAUUAAUUUAGAAGUUAGAAUGAGAUCGAUUGUAAUGUACCACACAACGUAUUUGUUUAUGUAGGACUGAUGUGUGGCUUAACCGUCGUCUAGUUGUGUCUUUCAGCAGUCUAGCACAGUUUAAAGCAGCAUGAAUGAAUGAUUUGUGCAUUUAUAAAGACAUACUGAAGCAAAACUGUCAAAUUUAUACCUAAAGUCUUCCAAUCAAGAUUUAGAUUCUGUAAAUAAAAUAACCAAGUGGGUCAUCUACUGUAGUGCUUGUCUAAAAUGUGCUUCCAGUGAAAGUGAAGAGCAGAGUGGCAGCUGUCAAUCAUCCUCAUUAGAUAAGACAGGCUUAGUUUAAAAUGGCCUUCAAACUGGUCUGUGAUUUUCAAAGCAUAGAUGUGACCCUGUAUCACAAAACCAGUCUUAAGUAGCAACGGAACAUUUUUAGUAAAAGACAAAAAUACAUUGUAUGGGUCAAAAUUAUCGAUUUUUCUUUUAUGCCAAAAAUCAUUAGGAUAUUAAGUAAAGAUCAUGUUCCAUGAAGAUAUUUUGUAAAUUUCCUACCUUAAAUAUAUAAAAACUUUAUUUUUGUGAGUGGAUGGUCUGCCACAGUGUCCCUGUUUAACAACUUCAAAGGCAAUUUUCUCAAUAUUUUGAUUUUUUGCUUGUUGUAUCUCAGUCAGAUAUUGUCCUAUUCUAACAACUCAUACAUCAAUAGAAAUCUUAUUUAUUCAGCUUUCAGAUUAUGUAAAAAUCUCAAUUUCGAAAAAUUGACCCAUAAGACUGGUUUAUUGUUGUCCAGGGUCACAGAUAGACAAAAAUGCUGAGGCUGGCUGUCCUCAAUGUGCUUUGUUACUUUCACUCAUAAUGGUUGACCCAUAAGGACGCAAAUCAUGAAAUGUGUUACCUGUCACUACUUAGAUCAUAAGUUUGUAACGGAAAGAUGUUUAUACAGGUACAUCACAAUCUGAUGUAAUAUACAAUCUUUAAUAUGAUUUGGACUAUAAGAGCUGCAAAUUAAUCCAUGUGUUAAAGAGACAUAACACAUUUGAACAGAUUUCUUGGUUAUAAUGGGAAUUGUAUUCAUUUGAACGGAGUUGAUAAUGGUCAGUUUAGGUCUCAAAUGUGUUGAUAUUGGUGGAUUGUUAUCUGGCAGAUUAAAUCCUACAUGACUAAGACCCAAAGCACACUACGUAAAGGAAUGUCAUCAUGGUUUCUAUAGCAGCCAACAGUAAUUAAUGUUAUUUGUAAUGGAAACCAUUACGAGUUUGAAUUAUUUAUUUUCAGUAGAGUAUUGGCUCGAGAACUCCCCAAAAUAACAACGCUGGCGCAAUGUUGCCCCCUUGUGGUAACGUUCGAGGCCAAAACUAUCAUAAAAAUGGAACAGCGACGGUGUAGUUUUCUGUCAGAUGAGAUGGACAUCUUAAAGAUGUCUGUAAGAUGUUUAUUGUAUGUAAAUCUGUCUUUUCGAAAAUGGUUAUCAAAUGUCAAACCAUUUCACAGUAGGCUGCCUAUACAGGGCUAUAUCAUUAGCAUUUACAAAUAUUGGACAUCCCUUUCAUUUAUAUUCACUUUAAGAACCUCAAAAGACACAAAAUACUAAUCACUUAAGAUUCAGAUUUGCCCAAACAACAAACACAACGUUAUCGAUCUCUCAUAUUUUUGUGCAUUAGACCUAAGUUACCCAAGUACGUGAGGCACCCGGUCCUGCGACUCAUUUGGUAACAUGAUCACUUGUUUGCUGCCCACCUUCUGAGCGACAUUACCUGUAUUAACAACUGUUGCGCACCUCGUGACUGUUUUAGCAUCCGGCACUUAUUCCUUAACGCUUGAUAUCAACAUUGCGGCACGAAUGCCGAGCUAAUUUUAUUCGAAAAACAUUGUAAUCAAAAUAAUUAAGCAGUCCUUCAUGCCGAUGGCACGUGAUGACGGAUAAAUCCGCUUCCGGUUGUGUUUCUAUGGAAACCGCAUUGUUUGAGGAAGAACUGCAAACUUCGGCGUAGGCUAUACCGCAAAAUAACGGAUACGAGAGAAGUGGUUAAAGAAAAUGCCUACCUCAUCGGGGGCCUUUAAACCUCAUGGGGCUGAUGCUUUGCAGAGGUACAAUGCUUUACCUCCUAUACCAACCAUAAAGGUCGAGGGGGGUAGGACAGGGUUCGACCUCCCAGAGCACAGACAGACUCUGAGGAGAAGAUUCCUCCAACACAGUAGAAGUAAAGUACAGCAGCAACAGAUCCAAAGCAUGAUAGCUGACAGGGCAAUGCAAACUUACCAAAGGAUCCAGAGAGCCGGACCAGUUCCUCCUCGACCCCCUGAACCAGAGCUUCCCUCAACAAUAAUGAGUGAAAAGAGGAAGGAAUAUGAGAACUUCUUGCAUCUUAAAGAAUGCGUCGAACUCAGUCCAGUCGCACCCUUUCAGCCACAGUGGCUGGAAGGUAUGCUGGCUCGAGUAUCCCCCCAGCUCCAGCAGGGGCCCGGAAGACAGAGGUUGCUGGAGCAAAUAUGCGAAGAGGUCAAAGAGAACUAUCAAAAAGUGAUAAUACAGUACAAAGUAAAUAUCACAUUAAGAGACCCGAGGUUAACAGACACAGAUCUUCCUCAAGAGUCCGGUGUAUUUGCAGAGAUUCCAGAUUUCUCCUGUCCGUGGCAUGACAGUUUUGUGCAGAGCCGAAAAGAGAUACAAAAAAAUCUACACAUAUUACAUCCAGCCAUGAAAAGCAUCUUGGAUAUUUGUCACAGCACGUUCUCCCAUCUGCUCCUCACUGAUCUCUCAGACUGCAGGUCGACAGGGCCUGUAGACUGUCAAAGCCUGAAGAACAAAGUGGCUGUGGAGUGUCAGAGAGUCGAGGAGAGGCUUAUGAAAUCUUGGUUACCCCAAGUUAUUCACCUUCUUACUAGCAAAGCCAUACUGCAGGGAGUUAAACCCAGAAAGCUUGACUCCUUUUAUAACUGUGCUUCAACACUGAUAUCCAAUAAGCUGAAGACGCUAGUUGAGAGGAGUGUGGUGGCAUUUGUCGGCCUCUUUGAUCCAUUUAACAUCAGCAAGCUUCCUCUUUUCAAAAUGGACUUGAUUUUCGAUGAUGAAAAGAUGGAUUUCUACCCCAGCUUUCAUGAUCUAGAGGAGACUGUACUAGAAAUGUUAAACCUCAUCACCAAUACCAUGCAGAAAGUACAGACGAUCCAGUCGUGGUUAGCGGAGACAGACGUCUCAAUGGUGGAUGCCAGGCUUCCAGAUCAUGUUAAGAUGUGGGCACAAGACACUGUUAGGAACGCUGUGAGGAAAAACUUGGAUGGACCUGCCAAACACUUUCAGAGCUAUGUUAACACCUAUGACUGGUUAGUCAAUGGAACCGCACAGGCACAAGUACAAGCAUUAAUGGAAGAAGAGCAUUCCUUUGAAGAGUACACUAAGAAAGUGGAGCGUUACAGGUCAUUGUCACAGGAGAUAUCCGGUCUUCCCUCUCUAAUACAUUUUGACAUGGUACGGCUUGACUGUGAGGAGCUCAAGCAAGGCCUCGCAAAGAAAGCCGAUGCAUUUUCCAAAGCUCUUGUCGGAAAGCUUGUUACCUCACACCAUCGAUCCAGUCUUCAGAUCUGUAAUGAGUUUGAGAUCAUUAGAGACACGGCUUUCAAAGUCCCUGAGUCAACGGAGGAAAUGACAGAGAUGAUUACUUACAUUGAACAUGUGAAAACUAAGGGAAUACGGGAGCUCAACAACAGGAUAAAAGAAAUACAGCACAGGUUGAAUUAUCUGUUGGCUGUUCAUAUUUUUGAUUCAGAGCAUCUUGAAAUAAAUGCCGCAGUGCUGCUCUGGCCAGAAAACAUUUACCCGAUCUUUAACCAAAGUGACAAGGUGAUGGAAGAGGCCAAGUGUAAAGGUCAGCAGGAACUUCUGGGACGGAGAGAGAAGCUGUUGCUUGAUUUGAAGAAAGUAGGCCGCAGAAUAGAGGAAUUUGCAGAGUGCUCUGAACUCGAUAUGAUGCAACAGUAUGCUACUGAUGUCAGAACAGUGCAGAAAAGAAUUCAGGAUAUUGAGGAUUCAAUUGUCUUCAUCAACAAAGAGGAAGCACUUUACAAAUGGGACCAAACCUUUUAUUCAGAGCUAGAAGUGAUGAAGGAAACCGUUGAGCCCUAUCAGAAGCUCUUCAAUGUGGUUCUGAAAUGGCAGCGCACAAAGAAGAGAUGGAUGCAUGGAUCGUUCUUGGAUUUGAAUGGUGACAGUAUUGAACAGGAGGUUGAGGAGUUCCUCAGAGAGAUAUACAAGAUGCUGAAGUCCUUCCAGCAGAAACAAAAGAAGGCUGAGCAGGAAAGAGAGAAAAUCGAAGGCGUAAAGAGGAGGUCCAAAGAAGAAGAGGAAGAAAAGCAAGAAAAUGCAACUAUUCUCAUUUGCUCCAGUGUUCUGGAUCAAGUCAAAGAGUUCAAGGAGUGUAUUCCAUUAGUGUCCAUUCUGUGUAACCCCGGCAUCAGACCUCGACACUGGGAGCAGAUGUCAGAAGUCGUGGGCUACGAUUUGACGCCCGACUCAGGCACCACUCUGCAAAAGGUCCUCAAACAGAACCUCACCUCUUACUUGGAGCUGUUUGAGAGUAUCAGUGUAGGAGCCAGUAAAGAAUUUGCUUUGGAGAGGGCCAUGCAAAACAUGGUGGAGGUCUGGGAUUCAGUGUCAUUUCAACAUUUUCCAUACAGAGAUACUGGUGUGUCCAUCCUCUCAUCUGUGGAUGAGAUCCAAACCAUGCUGGAUGACCAGAUUGUGAAAACUCAAACCAUGAGGGGUUCUCCGUUCAUCAAGCCUUUUCAGAAAGAAAUCAAGGUCUGGGAGGAGCGUUUGAUCCGUAUCCAAGACACUAUAGAUGAGUGGCUGAAGGUACAACGCCAGUGGCUUUACCUGGAGCCCAUCUUCAGCUCAGAGGACAUCAUGAAGCAGAUGCCUGAGGAGGGUCGUCUCUUUCAGAUUGUAAACAAGCACUGGAGGGAGGUCAUGAAACACUGUGUGAAUGACCCAAAGGUUUUGCCUGCAACCUGUCUUCCUGGCUUGUAUGAAAAACUACAAGAGUGUUAUGUCCUUCUUGAAAACAUAUUGAAAGGCCUGAACGCAUACCUUGAGAAGAAAAGAUUGUUUUUUCCAAGAUUCUUCUUCCUGUCAAAUGAUGAAAUGCUGGAGAUCCUCUCUGAAACCAAGGAUCCUUUGCGAGUACAGCCCCACCUGAAGAAAUGUUUUGAGGGCAUCGCCAAACUGGACUUCCUGCCUAACCUGGACAUCCAGGCCAUGUACAGCAGUGAGGGCGAGCGUGUGGAGCUCAUCCAGCGGAUCUCCACCUCUGAAGCGCGAGGAGCUGUGGAGAAGUGGUUGGUGCAGGUGGAAGACAUCAUGUUGAAGAGUGUCAGAGACGUGAUCAAUCGCUCCAGGCUGGCUUAUCCAGAGACUAAGAGGAGUCAGUGGGUACGCGAGUGGCCUGGUCAGGUGGUUCUCUGUACUUCUCAGAUGUAUUGGACGCUGGAGGUCCAUGAGGCCAUACGAAGUGGAGCUAAUGGUCUGAAGAAGUACUAUGAGCAGCUUCAGAAUCAACUGAAUGAUAUCGUGGAGCUGGUGAGGGGAAAGCUGCCCAAGCAGACACGCACCACUCUGGGAGCUCUGGUGACCAUAGAUGUGCAUGCCAGAGAUGUUGUCAUGGAAAUGAUUGAGAAAGGUGUUUCUAGCGAGACAGAUUUCCAGUGGCUCGCACAGCUACGUUACUACUGGGCCAAUGACAAUGUUCGUGUACGCAUCAUAAACUGUGAUGUGAAGUACGCUUAUGAAUACCUGGGCAACUCUCCUCGACUGGUCAUUACACCCCUAACAGACAGAUGCUACCGAACUCUGAUUGGGGCAUUUUACUUGAAUUUGGGCGGAGCUCCUGAGGGCCCUGCAGGCACAGGCAAAACCGAAACCACCAAAGAUCUGGCCAAAGCCCUCGCUGUGCAGUGUGUGGUGUUCAACUGCUCUGAUGGGCUGGACUAUCUAGCCAUGGGAAAGUUCUUUAAGGGGUUGGCAUCUUCGGGAGCCUGGGCAUGCUUUGAUGAAUUUAACCGGAUCGAGUUGGAAGUUCUGUCGGUGGUCGCUCAGCAGAUCUUGUGUAUUCAGAGAGCCAUUGAGAUGAAGCUUGAGUAUUUUGACUUUGAAGGCACAGAGUUACGGCUCAACCCCAACUGCUUUGUGGCCAUCACUAUGAACCCUGGAUACGCCGGGCGUUCUGAACUUCCGGAUAACCUCAAGGUCUUAUUUAGAACAGUGGCAAUGAUGGUGCCCAACUAUGCACUGAUAGCUGAGAUCUCCUUGUACUCAUUUGGCUUUCUCAAUGCUAAGCCUCUCUCAGUGAAGAUUGUGAUGACAUACAGACUGUGCUCUGAGCAGCUCUCUUCUCAGUUUCACUAUGACUACGGCAUGAGAGCAGUUAAAGCAGUGCUGGUGGCGGCUGGGAACCUCAAACUCAAAUUUCCAGAUGAAAACGAGGAUAUACUUCUUCUCCGGUCCAUUAAGGAUGUUAAUGAGCCCAAGUUUCUCUCUCAUGAUAUUCCUCUUUUCAACGGAAUCACCAGUGACCUGUUCCCAGGAAUUUCUUUGCCCUUGGCUGAUUAUAAGCUGUUCCUGGAAUGUGCUCAGGAGUGCUGCAGAAAUCACAACGUGCAGCCUGUCAAGGUUUUUAUAGACAAAAUGAUUCAAACGUAUGAGAUGAUGAUAGUUCGUCACGGGUUCAUGCUUGUCGGCGAACCGUUUGCUGGAAAAACCAAAGUUCUUCAUGUUCUCGCAGACACUUUAACUCUAAUGAAUGAAAGGGGCUAUAAUGAAGAAGAAAAAGUUGUGUUUCAAACUGUCAACCCUAAAUCUAUUACGAUGGGUCAACUGUUCGGUCAGUUCGACCCUGUAUCCCACGAGUGGACUGAUGGAAUUGUUGCUAACACCUUUCGAGAAUUCGCAUCAGGUGAGACCCCCGACAGGAAGUGGGUGGUGUUUGAUGGACCUAUAGACACAUUGUGGAUUGAGAGCAUGAACACUGUGCUGGAUGACAAUAAAAAGUUGUGCCUCAUGAGUGGAGAGAUAAUCCAAAUGUCCAGUCAGAUGAGUCUGAUUUUUGAAGCCAUGGAUCUGUCACAAGCUUCUCCAGCCACAGUGAGUCGCUGUGGAAUGAUCUAUUUGGAGCCGUCUCAGUUAGGAUGGACUCCUCUGGUUCAGUCAUGGAUGAAAACGCUUCCUGAGCCCCUUCAGACACCAGACAAUUCUACAUUACUGCAACAGCUCUUUGACUGGCUGCUUCCUCCAGCACUCAACCUGUUACGAAAACACUGUCGGGAGGUUAUUCCCACCAGCAACAGUAACACGGUUGUGUCUCUCACACGGCUCUUUGAGAUACUCCUGUCUGAGCCUUUAAAAGAAGAUCCAGGGAAUAAAAACAUACGCACAUGGAUUAUGGCUGCUUUUGCCUUCGCUUUGGUGUGGUCCGUUGGUGGUUGCUGCGAUACGGACAGCCAAAGUCGAUUCGAUCAGUUUCUGAAGGAAAUUGUGUCCGGAAAAGCAGAAAAACAUCCCAUACCUGUGUCGAGAUGGGAAUGUCCGUUUGAUGAGAAAGGUCUCGUGUACGACUACAGUUAUGAGUUUAAAGGGAAAGGCCGAUGGGUCCACUGGAACGAGUCCAUCAAAAAUGUAGCAUUAGGCGACAAGAACACAAAAGUACAAGAUAUCAUCGUCCCCACAAUUGACACAGUGCGAUACACUUAUCUAAUGGAUCUCUGCAUUCAGUAUGGGAUGCCUCUUCUCCUUGUUGGCCCCACCGGCACUGGCAAAUCUGUUUAUGUAAAAGAAAAACUAAUGAACAAUCUGGACAAAGAUCUCUUCCUUCCCUUCUUCAUCAACUUCUCAGCUCGCACCAGUGCCAAUCAGACCCAGAACAUUAUCAUGUCCAGACUAGACAAAAGGCGGAAGGGAGUAUAUGGACCUCCUAUGGGAAAGAAAUGCAUCAUUUUUGUGGACGAUAUGAAUAUGCCGGCAAAGGAGGCGUUUGGUGCACAACCUCCAAUUGAGCUGCUUCGUCAGUAUUUUGACCAUGGAAACUGGUAUGACCUGAAGGAAACUUCCAAAAUCACAUUGAUGGACAUACAGCUGAUCGCCGCGAUGGGUCCCCCUGGUGGUGGGAGGAAUGCGGUGACCCCUCGGUUCCUUCGCCAUUUCAACAUCUACAGUAUCAAUUCAUUCAGCGAUGAGACCAUGGUUCGAAUUUUCUCAAAUGUUGUGGCCUUUUACCUCCGAACCAAUGAUUUCCCACCUGACUGCUUUACGCUCGGGAAUCAGAUAGUCAGAGCCACACUUGAAGUUUAUAAAAAGGCCAUAGAAAAUCUCCUUCCCACCCCGGCCAAGUCUCAUUACACUUUCAACCUGCGAGAUUUUUCACGUGUGGUGCAGGGCUGCCUGCUUCUGAAGAAAGAAUCGCUUUCGAACAAGCGAACGAUGAUUCGUCUUUUUGUGCAUGAACUGUACCGUGUCUUCUACGACCGGCUUGUGGACGACAAAGACAGAGCCUGGCUUUUCACUCUUAUAGGAGAAAUCGUAAAGCAGCACUUUAAGGAGAACUUCGAUACGGUCUUUGAACAUCUUAGGGACGAUAACAAGCCUCUUUGUGAAGAGAACAUGCGGAACCUGUUAUUUGGUGAUUAUAUGACACCUGACGUGGAUGAAAGCGAGCGGCUCUAUGCUGAGGUUCCCUCCAUGGUGCGCUUUGGCGAGGUCGUGGAAGCUUGUCUGGAGGAGUACAACCAAACCCACAAGAACUGCAUGAACUUGGUCAUAUUCCGUUAUGUGCUGGAGCACCUGUCCAGGAUAAGCCGUGUGUUAAAACAGCCCGGGGGAAACGCUCUGUUGGUUGGGGUCGGAGGCAGUGGACGUCAAUCCAUCACCAGGCUUGCCACUUUUAUGGCUAAUAUGACCCUGUUCCAACCUGAGAUCUCCAAAAGCUAUGGCAUGAAUGAAUGGAGAGAUGAUCUCAAGCGGCUAAUGAAGAAUGCUGGGGUUAAGGGCCAGAAAAUGGUGUUCCUGCUCACUGAUGCUCAGAUAAAGGACGAAGCCUUUUUGGAGGAUGUGGACAGCCUUUUAAACACAGGAGAGGUGCCUAACAUCUUCGCUGUGGAUGAGAAGCAAGAAAUCAUGGAGGCUGUGCGGCCCAUUGCUCAAGCUGGGAAUAAAAAUGUGGAGUUCAGUCCUUUGGCUCUUUUUGCUUAUUUUGUGAAUCGCUGCAGAGAGAACUUACAUAUAGUGGUAGCCUUCAGUCCAAUAGGAGAUGCCUUCAGAAACCGCCUGAGACAGUUUCCCUCUCUCAUUAACUGCUGCACCACAGACUGGUUUCAGCCGUGGCCUGAGGAGGCUUUGGAGCGAGUGGCUAAUAAGUUCUUGGAGACAUUGGAGCUAAGCGAUCUUGAGCGACAGGAAAUUGUGCCAAUCUGCAAGACCUUCCACACUUCUGCUAUCGAUUUGUCGCAAAAGUUUUUGUCAGAUCUGGGUCGCCAUAACUACGUGACUCCUACCUCUUACCUGGAGCUCAUCGCUGCCUUCAGACUUCUUCUCACUCAGAAACGUGACACAGUCAUGAAUGCUAAAAAUAGAUAUACAAAUGGACUGGACAAACUAGCUUUCGCAGAGUCUCAGGUAGGUGAAAUGAAGAGGGAGCUUGUGGAUCUUCAGCCUAAACUGGAGCAAGCUAAGAUUGACAACACCAAAAUAAUGAAAGUGAUAGAGGUCGAGUCAGUAGAGGUUGAGGCUAAAAGCAAACUUGUCCGUGUGGAUGAGGAAACAGCUACUCUUAAAGCCAAUGAAGCCCAGGCUCUGAAGAAUGAAUGCGAAAGUGAUUUGGCAGAGGCCAUUCCUGCACUGGAGGCGGCACUCUCUGCACUAGACACACUCAAGCCAGCUGAUGUGGCGAUUGUUAAAACGAUGAAGAACCCUCCAUCAGGAGUGAAGUUGGUUAUGGCAGCAGUGUGUGUGAUGAAGGACAUCAAACCAGAGAAAAUCAAUGAUCCUGCUGGAACCGGACAGAAGAUUCUUGACUACUGGGGUCCAAGCAAGAAGCUACUGGGCGACAUGAAUUUCCUCAAGGACCUGAAGGAAUAUGACAAAGACAACAUUCCUGCUCAAGUGAUGGCUAAAAUCCGUAGUGAGUACAUGACCAACCCCGACUUUGACCCCUGCAAAGUGGCGAAGGCCUCAUCUGCUGCUGAGGGGCUUUGCAGAUGGAUUACAGCUAUGGAGGUUUAUGACAGAGUUGCCAGGGUGGUGGCUCCUAAGAAGGCUAACCUUAUCGUGGCCCAGCAAUCCCUGGCCGCCACCAUGGCCCUGCUGAACCAGAAGAGGGCGGAGCUAAAGGAAGUGGAGGAUCGCUUGGCCUCCCUGAAGAAGACUUUUGAGGACAAGACUGAAGAGAAAGCUCAACUGGAGUACCAAGUGGACCUCUGCGCUCGAAAGCUGGACAGAGCCGAGAAGCUUAUCGGAGGUUUAGGAGGAGAAAAGACAAGAUGGUCGCACGCAGCCGACAGCCUUCAGCACACAUAUGAUAACUUGACAGGCGAUGUGCUAAUAUCUUCUGGAGUUAUUGCUUACCUGGGAGCUUUUACUGCCAGCUUCCGCCACGAGUCUACCAAAACCUGGGUCAAGCUCUGCAAGUCCAAGAAGAUCCCGUCAUCUGAUGACUUCUCUCUGAGUAAGACACUCGGCGAUCCGAUUCUGAUAAGGACCUGGAAUAUUGCCGGCCUGCCCACAGACAGUUUCUCUGUUGACAAUGGUGUUAUAGUGAGCAACUCCAGAAGAUGGCCUUUGAUGAUUGAUCCACAGGGUCAGGCCAACAAAUGGGUGAAAAACUCUGAACGGGAGAAUAACCUGAACGUGAUUAAGCUAACCGAUGGAGAUUUCAUGAGAAUGCUUGAGAACUGCAUCCAGUUUGGUACUCCACUAUUGCUGGAGAACGUAGGGGAAGAGCUGGACCCGUCCUUAGAGCCACUUCUGCUCAAACAAGUUUUCAAACAAGGUGGGAUGGACUGUAUUAGAUUGGGAGAGAGUGUGAUCGAGUACUCCUCUGACUUCCGCUUUUACAUCACCACGAAGCUGAGGAACCCUCAUUAUUUGCCUGAGUUGGCCACCAAAGUGUGCCUGCUUAACUUCAUGAUCACCCCAGAGGGUCUUGAAGACCAGCUGCUUGGCAUUGUGGUGGCAAAAGAAAGACCUGAACUAGAGAAUGAACGGAAUGCCCUGAUCCUUCAGUCUGCAGCCAAUAAGAAACAGCUUAAGGAGAUUGAGGACCAAAUCCUUGAGACUCUGUCUUCAGAGGGCAACAUCCUGGAGGACGAGAGGGCCAUCCAGAUCCUAGAUGCUGCCAAGAUCAUGUCUAAUGAGAUUACUAAGAAACAGCAGAUCGCAGAGAAGACUGAGAUUGAAAUAGCUGAGUCGAGAGAAGGUUACAGACCCAUUGCAACACACUCGUCCAUCCUCUUCUUCAGUAUCGCUGAUCUGGCCAACAUCGACCCUAUGUAUCAAUACUCUCUCAACUGGUUUGUCAACCUCUAUGUCAACUCCAUACAAGACAGCUACAAAUCAAAGAUUCUAGAGAAGAGGCUCAAAAACCUGAAUAGUCACUUCACCUAUAAUCUGUACUGCAAUGUGUGCCGGUCUCUUUUUGAGAAGGACAAACUUCUCUUCUCUUUCUUGCUUUGCUGUAACCUGCUGCUGGCUAAGAAGGAGAUAAAAUACUCUGAAUUUAUGUUCCUGCUCACGGGUGGUGUGGGGCUACAGACCAAGGUCCCCAAUCCUGACCCAACCUGGCUUCCAGACAAGAGCUGGGAUGAGAUCUGUAGAGCCAGUGAUCUUCCAGCACUACAGGGCCUAAAGGAGAGUUUCAUAAAGAGUCCUGAGAGUUUCCUGGCCAUUUAUGACAGCAAAGAGCCAUACAACACAGCUCUGCCAAAGCCUUGGUGUGAUCAACUGAACGAGCUUCAGAAAAUUAUAAUUUACAGAUGCCUUCGACCUGAUAAAAUUGAGCCAGCAAUCAGCAAGUUUGUAACUUAUAAACUGGGAAAGAAAUUUGUUGAAUCUCCUCCGUUUGACCUCAGUAAGAGCUACGUUGACUCCAACUCCACUAUUCCACUGAUUUUUGUGCUGUCUCCUGGUGCGGACCCUAUGGCUAGUCUGCUGAAAUUCGCCAAUGAUAUGAACAUGGCUGGCUCCCAGUUUAAAUCAAUCUCUCUUGGACAAGGUCAGGGUCCCAUAGCUGUGAAGAUGAUCCGCUCGGCCAUGAAAGAGGGCACCUGGGUGUGCUUACAGAACUGUCACCUGGCCGUGUCCUGGAUGUCCACUCUGGAAAAGAUCUGCGAAGACCUCAGUCCAGAUUCCUGCCAUCCAGAGUUCCGUCUGUGGCUGACCAGCUAUCCAUCACCCAUGUUUCCAGUGACCAUCCUGCAGAAUGGAGUGAAGAUGACCAAUGAGCCUCCCACUGGCUUGAGGUUAAACCUGUUACAGUCCUAUCUUUCUGAUCCUGUCUCUGACCCGGAGUUCUUCAGUGCGUGUCCUAACAAAGAGCUAGUCUGGGAAAAGCUGCUGUACGGAGUUUGCUUUUUCCAUGCUCUUGUCCAGGAAAGGAAAAAGUUUGGCCCAUUGGGAUGGAACAUUCCUUAUGGAUUUAACGAGUCAGAUCUGCGCAUUAGCAUCAGACAGCUGCAGCUCUUUGUGAACGAAUACGAGGAAGUUCCUUUUGAGGCCAUCACGUAUCUGACUGGAGAGUGUAACUAUGGAGGGCGUGUGACAGAUGACUGGGAUCGUCGGCUGCUUAUGACCAUCCUUGCUGACUUUUACAAUAAAGACAUCAUUGAGAACCCACGCUACUCCUUUUCCCCCAGCGGCAAUUAUUACGCUCCUCCAAAGUCCAUAUAUGAAGACUAUGUCGAGUUUAUUAAGAACCUGCCUUCUACUCAGCACCCCGAGGUGUUUGGUAUGCACGAGAACGUGGACAUCUCCAAAGAUCUUCAACAAACUAAACUGCUGUUUGAUUCGCUGAUCCUGACUCAGGGCGGUGGAUCAAAGGGAGGAGGCAGUUCUGGAGGGGAUAGUACUCUACUUGACAUAGCUAAUGACAUACUGUCUAAACUUCCAGGUAACUUUGACAUUGAAUCAGCUCUCAUCAAAUUUCCUGUGCGGUAUGAGGAAAGCAUGAACACAGUGCUUGUGCAGGAGAUGCAGCGAUACAACAAUCUGAGUGGCAUUAUACGUGUGAGUCUGCAGAACCUAAUAAAGGCCAUUAAGGGGCUGGUAGUGAUGGAUGCAGAGCUGGAGGCUGUAGCUGGCAGUCUGCUGGUGGGAAAAGUGCCAGAAAAAUGGGCCAAAUGCUCCUAUCUCAGUCUCAAGCCACUGGGCAGCUAUGUCACUGACUUCCUAGCCCGACUCAAAUUUCUGCAGGAGUGGUACGACACACACAAGCCCCACGUGUUCUGGCUGUCUGGGUUUUUCUUUACUCAGGCAUUCAUUACAGGUGGCUUACAGAAUUAUGCCAGGAAAUACUCCAUCCCUAUUGACCUUCUUGGCUUUAAUUAUGAGGUUUUGCCUUUUGACACUGCAAACUCUUCUCCUGAAGAUGGGGUUUACAUUCAUGGCCUUUUCCUCGAUGGAGCUCGUUGGGAUAGAAAAAGUGGAGUUUUGGCUGAACAAUAUCCCAAAGUUCUAUUUGACGCAGUUCCUAUCAUAUGGAUCAAACCAGUUGACAAGAGGGUAAUGGAACAGCCCCACAACAUCUAUGUGUGUCCCCUCUACAAGACCAGUGAACGAAAAGGGACACUGUCCACCACCGGCCAUUCCACAAACUUUGUCAUCAGCAUGAUGCUCCCUACCAGCAAGCGCCCUCAGCACUGGAUCAAAAGAGGCGUGGCCUUACUCUGUCAACUGGAUGAUUGACACUUAACCUUUUGCCUUCUAAACCAGCACUUUAUCAUUAUAUUGCUCUCAUGUGUGAUUUUGUAAUAUUCCACUUUUUAACCACUUCCAUUUAAAUCUGCAAUAUAAAAUGUUUUGAAAAAAUAAAAUGCAAAAUAAAGUAUGUUUACGAAAAUGCCAGAACCCCCCCCCAAUCUGCAAAUUCACGUGAUUGGU